UUACAAAAAUUAGAUAAAACACGUCGUGAUCGUGGUAUAGAUUCAAGAUUUUUUCAUCGUCUUAUACUUCAAUGUGCACGUACAUUAAAUGAUAAACAACGUUUACGUUUACCUGAUGAAUAUCGUUCAUUAAUACAAAUAAAAUAUGAUGAAAUUGAAUUAAAACGACGUUUAUCAACAAUGAAUGAUGAAGAAAAAAAAUUAUUUCUUCAAACAAAACGUUUAGAACAAAAACCAAUUGAAGAUUUUGAUUUACCAUUUUUAAAAGAUUUACCAUUACCAAAACAAAUUCAAACAACAUUAAAUUUAACAUCAAAAUCAAUAUCGGAUUUACUUAUAAUAUGUACAUUUUUAACAUCAUGUCAUUCAUUAUUUUAUUUAUCAUUAAAUGAUAAUAUAUCAAAAACAACACAAUUAUAUUUACGUUCAUUUAAAUUUAAUUAUUUACUUAAUACAUCAACAAUUAUAUUUUCAAAUUAUUUCAUUGAAAUUUUACAAAUAUUUAUGAAAUUAUUAUUUAAAGAAGAUGAAAAUCGUUCAAAUAAUAAUGAUGAUGAGGAGGAAGCAGAUAGUAAUGAUGAAGAUAAUGAUAACGAUAAUGAUAUAAAUAAUGAAAAUCUAAAUAAUAAUAAUAAUAAUAAUAAUGAACAAAUUGAUAUUGAUAAAGAUAUUGAAAAAAUUUAUUCAAUUCAACUAUCACAUAUACCAUUAACACCAUAUACAUGUCAAGAAUUAACACGUUUAUAUUUAUUAAAAGAAAAAGAUGAUAAUAAUCAAAUUAUAUUAGAUAAAUUAGCUAAUUUUGAAACAAAAGAUUUAUCAAUAUCUGAACAAGUAAGUUUUUAUUAUAUCAAAAUUUCUAUAUAUAUUUAUAUAAGAGAUGAAAAACAUAUUUAUAGACUAUCAAGUGAAAUCGUUCCAUUUUUUGAUCAGAUUAGUGAAUGUUUUAUACAGAUUUUUUUACUCCGAACGAGCGAAGAUAGAAACAUAGUAUGUAGCAUAAUAACCACAAACUGAGGGAGAACCAAGUCGAUCUUCGGAGGAAUGCUAGUUGGACAAAAUACUGAUCUUUAUCAAUUGUAAUAUCUAAGCUACCGUUCAAUAUCGAAUUGCCAGGGAAAUUUAUCUUAAAGCUCGAAGUAUUCUGUAGGUCGCUGUUGAAUUUGGAUAUUUAUUAAUGAACUGACGAGGAAACUUCGCCAGAUAUCAAACUGCGCUUUUCGAUUGAAACAACGUUCAUGAAAUGAAUGCUAGUGAGUAAUAGAAAAGUCUAGAAUAGUUUGGUUUCUCGGAUCUUCGUUCUUGAGAUAUCGGAAUUUUACUCGAUUUCUCAGAUUACUUAACAGUUUCGACUUCGAGCUUUACUCGUGCAAAGUUUGAAGUUGAAAGUCAAUUUUUCACGUAAUCCAACAAAAUUUCUAUGACUCACUAGCAGACUUCGAAAUAGGACCACUUUUUUAUGGCCCGACGUGAGCCCGAAGAAAAUUUUGUUUACAAAGAUUUUUUUUCUCGAAUGGAGAGUUAUUGCAUAUUUUUCGACUUUUAGAAAAAAAAGUGAUGACCGGAAGAGCGAGAGAUAGCGCGGAAACUUUCCCCCUAUCUCCCUUAGGAGUGAGUCAAAUGUCAAAAAAAGAUAAAAUCGUCGGGCUUGCUCAGUAGUACUCACCAAGUAAAUAUUGUCUCAAUUGAAAAGCAAUUUGAUACCUGGAGAGAUUCCCUCGUGAGACGAAUCAAUAGCAUUUCAAUUAAUAAAAUCACUAGGUGAUUGAUUAGGUUUGAAUUUUCAAACGAUUUUUAUGCAUGAAAAUUGUUCAUAACUGAUAAACUUCUAAUUGUAUUAAUUUAAAAUGUCAUUAACUUCUUGUAGUUCAUUAAUAAGAAUCUGAAUCCAAUAUUGAACGUAUUCGAUCUCAGUACGAAUGUUAAUAUCUAUCAUUGAAAAAGUCAAU